AUGAAAACAUAACAACAAAUUUUAUGCGUGUUAUUUCUAAUUAUCACAUGCAUAUCAGCACAUAAACCUUGUGGUUAAUAUUUAAAUGAUGAGAUUGGAUGUAUCUCAUCCACUUAUGAAAAAUGUAAAAAAAUUUAAAAAUUGAUACAGGUUCCUGGAAUGAUUUUUUAAGUGCUUGUUAAGCAACAGAUUCAAACAAUAUUGGAUGCUCUUCCACAUUGAAUAGAUUGGCAUGUAUUAAUUAGUUGUAAUAUCCUAAUUAAGAUUGGGCUUAUUGUAAGAGUUAUAAUAAAAGUGAUAGGUCGAUUUUCUGGAUAUUGUCGUGAAAUCAUCAGUUCAACAUCAUGUUCCUCAUCCCUUUCAAAGCCAGCGUGCUUGGCUGUUGUUGGAAAAUCAUGUUAAUGGCAAGGCCUUUGUUUAGACAUGACAGCUUAAUAAUUUUCUGAAUCAUUAGCAAAAGCAUAAAAUGACCCUUCUUUUAUGAACUUAGUAAAUAUAUCUGUCUGUCAAUCUAUCACUACACUAUCAGUUGUUCAUUAGUCUAGUGCUUUCACAUUUAUAGUUUAACUUAUAGAUAAAUAUGGAUCAGAUCCCUUAAUAUUGAGUAAAUAUAAAGCCAUGUUGGCUAUUCCAGGCUGUCUUGAGGUAGAUUCUAAUCUACUCAAUAUGCUAGGUUGUUCUGCAGCUGGAUUGAAUUCUGCUGCUUGUAAAAAUAUCACUACACCAGGUGCUAAAUGUAAAUUUUUAAAUGGGUAAUGUGUUAAUGUAUCUGAUUUUUCUAAUCUUAUGUGUCAAGAUAUCAUUAAUAAAGAAGCUUGUCUGAAUGUUAUUAAUAUCAAAUAACCAUGUUUUUGGAACAAUGGAUGUUAAUUAUAUACUGGAAAAGCUGAUUGUAAUAUUAAAAUUCAACCUGUCUCUCCUUCAUUUUGUGCUGCAAUUAAUUAUGUUGACAAAAGUGGGUAGGAUUAAGAAUGUUUCUAUUAUAAAAAGAAAUAAAAAUGUAGUGAAUUAUGUAGAUCAAAAGCACUUUAAUAAGCAACAAGUUAAAAAAGUUGCAAUUCUUCAAGUUUUAAUUGUGUUUAUUCAAAUAAUCAAUGCAUUUUUAAAGGAGUUAAAACAUAAUGUGGAUUAUUAGGAUAAAAUUAAUAUUCAUGUAUGAAUGUCAAAGAAAAUUGUUAAUUUGUAAAUGGAAUUUGCAAAUAAAUAGCUGAUUUAUCAACAGUGAAAUGCGGAGAUAAUUUAAAUUAAUAAGCUUGUCAAAAUAUCGUAGCAGUUGGUUAGGUUUGUAGAUUUGAAGAAAAAGAAAAAAAAUGUUCAGUUUUGAAAUUGGAUUUUUAUGAAACCUGUGAGAAUUUAAAAUUUGUGAAUGAGAAUGCAUGUAGGAGAAUAACAGAUUCAGCUUGUUAUUGGUUGAAUGGAAACUGUUUAGUGCCUAUAGCUAAAGUAAGUUGCACAACAAGAGGAUUGAAUAGAAUAGGUUGUCUAUAAAGUAAAAUGGGACCUUGUUAGUGGAGUAAAGAAGCAGGAGUAUGUUAAAAUGUUAAUAUUAUUGAAAAUUAAACAAAUUGUGAAUCAUUGAAAUUGGUCAAUGAAUAUGCUUGUAGGAUGGUGUAAUAUAAGAGUAAUGGAAUAGAAGAACAUUGUAAAUAUAAUUCAAUAAAUUAUUCUUGUGAAAAAUUCGAAAAAGAAGUUGCCCCUAAGGCUUCUUAUUAAAUAAAUUGUGCCACAGAAGGAAUAAAUAGAAGAGGAUGUUUAGAUGUUGCAGAUCCAACAGCAGCCUGUCGAUGGACAAGUUAAGGAUGUACAACGCUAACUUCUGUUACAGCUGCUUGUUCAGGGCUUGUUAAUGUAACAGCCAAAGCUUGUGCUUUAGUUACUGGAGAAGCAUGUACAUAUGAUUAAGUUUAAACAAAAUGCACAACAAGUGUAACAAAGAUAGUUGAAAACUGUGAAGUUAAUGUUCUAAAUGGAAAUGCAUGUGCAUUUAUUGAGCCAAAGUCAACAGCUAACUAAAAAUGUUAUUUUGAUUCAACUAAUUUAUAAUGCAAUUCUGCUGAUCCAUCUAAAUUGAAUUCAUUAUAUUGCAGUAAAUCUUUUCCAAAUAAAUUUACUUGUCAAUAAAUUACUACCCCAGGACAAAGAUGUUAAUGGAAUACUUUAAAAAGAUUAUGUGAAGAUGUUAAAAUGCCAACAUACUAUUCAUGUGAAGACUUAUCAGAAGUUAAUGAUAAUACUUGUGUUGGAUUUGAAAAUGAUGUUGAGUAUUCUAUAGAUGAGGACUCAUUCUGCACCAAACCCUAAAAUUCAGAUCCUUAAAAUAAAUGUGUUAAAUAUAUUUUUCAAGAUGGACAUCAAACUGAUUGUUUUUAAGGAAGGUAUCCUAACUUACAUGCUUGUGUUGCAAAAACUCAAGGAUAAAAUUGCUACUUUAAUACUACUACAUUUUAAUGUUUGAAAUUGGAAGAAUCAAAUAAAGCUAAAAUUCUUGAUUAAAUCUUGUGCAAAUAAGCAAAUGAAGUUUUAUGCCCACUAGUUACAACAAAUGAUUAAAAUUGUUUUUGGGAUCUAAAUGAAAAAAAAUGCUACAAUCCAAAUAAAUGUAUUGAAGCUUCAAACGCAGAUGAUUGCAAAAAUAGAGCAUAACCUUGUAUUUUCUUUAAUAAUAAAUGUAUUUUAAUAAAAAGUGAAAAUGCAAUCGAUUAUAAAUGUGCUGAUGCAAAUAAUAAUGAGAAAGCAUGUUACAAAGUUGCUGGAGAAUCUUGUUAAUAUGUAGAUAAUUAGUGCACUCCUUUAACUUAAGAUAUUGAAAAUGAUACUUGUGCUACAUAUACAUAGAAGAUAAAUGCAGUUGCUUGUGCUAAAAUAACAAAAAAUGAUGUGUAAUGCAAAUAUAAUAAAGAAACUAAAAAUUGUGUAAAUGAAGUAUCAGUGUAUGCAGAAUGUAAUUUAGGUUAAAAUUAACAGAAUUGCUUGCAAGAGAAUAGUUGUUAUUUCGUUUAAGAGGAUGAUCCUUUUGAUAAAUUUGUUUAUUUAUGCAAAAAGAUUGAUAGUCCUUGCUAAAAUGCCACCACUAGCGAGGAUUGUAUGAAAGUUGAAUAUUGGUGUAUAUGGGAUAAAACUGAAAAUAAAUGUUUAAUUGCUCCAGAUAAUGAUUGUUUAAAUUAUAAUAAUACAAAUUAUGAAUAUAGUACCUAUACUUGUGGAAUUGUAUAUGCAAGCGUUGAAAAUAAAAUUUGUGCAUAAAAUGAAACAACAAAAUUAUGCGAAGAAAUUGUAGCUGUAAGUUGUAAAUCAACUACAGAUGAAACCGAUUGUAAAAAUGUAAAAGCUGAUUGCAAAUAUGAGAAAAGUAAAUGUGUCUAGAAUCUUGUUAAAGCAAAGGUAUGUAAAGAAAACUUCACUCAAUAUGCUUGUUUGACUGGUUCCCUUUUUUGUUAAUGGGAUAUGAAGAGCAGCGAAUGCAAAGAUUAUGAUUUUGAAACAUAUAUUCAAUGCGUUUCAGAAAAGAUUCCAGAAUCAGAAGUUGGAGCUAUAAUUGCAAUGGAGCUUUGUUAUUGGUAUGGUUGUUAUUUGAAUAAAGAAACACUAAAAUGUACUUAUGAUACAAGUAUACCUACAGAAUGUAGUAAUGCAGUUUCACCAUUUGGGUGCAAGUCUCUUCCAGAUGAAAAAUAUUGUUAUUGGGAUGUUGAUUCAGUUUGUAAAUAAUUAACUGAUCUUUCAAAAGCUAAAGAUCUCACACUCAAAUAAGUAGCUAACUCUUAAAAAACAUUAUGUUUAUCCCCUUAAAAUGAAGGAGAGUUAACUGAAUGGUGGCAAGGGGAAUGUUGUUCAGUUGAUUCAAAUGCAUCUAAGUGUGAAGAUGAUAUCAAUAUAAGAGCUUGUGAAGCUGUAUUAAAUGACAGUCCAAUUUAAUUGUGUAUUUAUAAGGAUAAUAAAUGCUAAUAUGCAGAUCCUAAAAUAACACUUUGCACAGAGACAAUAAAUGUGUUUACUUGUGUUGCUAUUACAACAACUGGAUAAUUCUGUGUUUGGUUAGGAUAAAAAUGUUCUGCAUUACAGGAUGAUGGAUUUCCUAUUGGUAAAUAUUCAAAUGUUAAUUCAAAUACAUGUACUAAGACAUAUACAAUUGAUGGACAACCAAAUUCUAAAAUUAGUAAUCCUAUAGGAGUUAAAUUUGGAAUAGAUGGUUGCAUUCCGUCUGAUCCAGAAGUUGAUACAUGUGAUACUCAAGGGUUGAAUUAUUAUGGAUGUUUAUAAACAAAGGCUGGAGCAUGCACUUGGAAUGGAUCUAAAUGUGUUUAAUUUACUUAAUAUGAUGGUAAAACCAAGUGUGAAAAUUUUCAAAAAGUUUCAGCUGGUGUUUGUGAAUCAGUGCCAUCUUUAAAAUGUACUUGGAGUGAUAAUAAUUGUGUUGAUGCUACAAACAAUUAACUUUGCACUGAUAGUUUGAGUUAAUAAGCUUGUGUUUCAUAAAUAUUAAACUCAUGCUAAUGGCUGAAUAAUAAAUGCAUAUCUUAAGAUAUCAUAGUAGGUGUCACUUCUUGUGGAUAUUCAAACUCUUUUUCAACAGCUGAAUAUUCUUCAGUUUUAAGUUGUUAAUAAAUUUCAUAUGGAGGAUAACCUUGCAGACAUACAGGAAAAGGAUGCACCACUUAGAUAGAUCUUUUAACUUCUAAAUGUAAUAGUCCAGGACUAAAUAGCAUAGCUUGUACAAUGAUCAAAUUAGAAAAAUGCAUAUAUUUGAAUGGUUAAUGCUAAGUUUAUGAACCUACAUCAUCUUAAUGUCGGUAAUUAGUUAAUGUUUCACCUUAAAUUUGUGCAGAUUUAUCAGAAUCUACCUAACUUUGCAAGUUUAGUUAAUUAAAUAACAGAUGUGUAUCUGUCUAUAACUAUGAUUUAUGUUCUAGUUCAGGAAUAAAUGAAUUUGGAUGUAAUUCUAUUGGUGUAUGCAAAUGGCACAAAGACUAGAAAUAUUGUACAUGCUCAUCCAUCUUAUCAGGUGUUAAAUUUUGUGCAGAUUAUGAUUAUUCAAAUUGCAAAGGACAAAUGUAAUUAUGUUUGUGGGAUGAAACAUCUCAAAGAUGUAGAGCUAAAAUUUGUUCUGAUCUAUCAACUUCAUCUUGUACUAAUGUUACUAUGAAUAGUCAAAAUUGUUAUGUGACUAACAAAAACACUUGUCGUGGAGCUAAAUCAUGUGAUGAAGUUAGAAAUGUAGAUGAUUGCACAAAACUUUCAAUAAAUGGACAAUAAUGUUAACCACAUGUUAAUGAUGUUUGUAGAACAAAACAAUGCAUGGAUAAUUUUACAGAUGCUUUAUGUAAUGGAUCUUGUUAUUGGACUGGUACUUAUUGUGCAUAAAGAUUGUGUUAAACAUUUACUAAAAAAGAAUAAUGUUCAGGAACCUAUGAAGAUGGUACUUGUUUCUGGUUUAAUGGAUUAUGUACUGGCUUAGAUUCAUGUUAUUAAUUAGAAAUCUAUUAUGACACAACAGAGAAUUUAAAAAAAGGUUGUGAUGCUGCUGAAAUCAAAGGUAAUAAAUGUUAUUGGCAAUUGGCUUAUUAAUUUGCUGAUUAUUAUGAAUGUUCUCAUAAUUAAUGCAAGUAUUUAUUAGUAAUAAUGUUAGACCUUUUGGAUCAAGUAAAAUUAAUUGUGUAGGAACUGAAAUUAACAAUUUUGUUUGUAUACUGUCUUAAGACUUCCAAUGUUUGAGAUGUGAAGAUAUUUUAGAUAAAUGCGAUUGCUCAAAAUAUAGUGGUAAUUGUUAUUAUAGUAAUAAUAAAUGCAAUUCUAUUUAAUGUUCUUAAUAUGUAGAGAACUCUUGUGGUAUUGAUUAAAUUAAUAUUUUUUUAGUUUUGUUUCCAGAAAAAUGUAUUUGGCAUUCAGAAUCAAAGAUGUGUUUGAUUAUUUGUGCAAAAUUGAAUUAAAAAGAUUGUGAAGCUAGACAAACUUCCACAUCUUAAUGUUAUUGGGAUUAAAAAUUAGAAAGAUGCAAUUCAGGAGUUCCUAGUAAGAUUAUUAUUGAUACUGUUACUCCUCAAAUCGAGGCUGCCAAUAUUACAAUUACAACUUCAUCUUAAUAUUCGCAACAACUAUAUUUGUUGAUUAUUGGAAUAUAUUUAUUAGUUUGA